AUGUUCAAGGGUGCUAGGAAUUAUUUUUUAUCAUUUGGUAAGACCCAAGAAGAAAGUAUAGAUGAUGAAGAUAAUCCAUAUAUUCAAUAUCCAAUAGUAACGAAGGAACAAAUGAAGAAAGUGAUUAGAAAUGAUAAAUACAAGUUUGACUUUUCUUAUGCAUCAUUUGCUUAUCAUAGUGUUAGUUCUGUCCCUUUAAUUCAUUCUUUAUCAGACUUGACAGAUCCCACUCAAUUAACGUCAUUAUUACCCAGAAGAAGACCUCAUGGUUCUCCAGCUGAUACAUUGUCGAUACGAGCAGGUGAUGAUACCAUGUUGGUAUCACCCACCGUAUUGGCUGUGGCAGAUGGUGUAUCUGGUUGGGAAGAUAAACAUGAUGAACAUUGUUCAGCUGGGAUUUGGUCUCGAUCUAUGGUGGAAACUUUCUCAAGAUUAAUGACAGAAUAUAAAAUAAGUCAUGCUCCUCAUCAUUUAAAAAGAAGAGAUAUAGAUCAAAUCUUGGAUGAUUCCUAUUUACAUACCUCUCAUUUAAUGGAUCUUCAGAAUUUACAAGGUUCAUCAACUUUAAUCCUUGGUAUGCUUAGUGGUGAAUAUUUACAAAUGGUAAGUAUAGGUGAUUCAAAACUUUAUAUCAUUCGUGAUGGUGAAAUCAUCCUUAGUAAUGAAGAACAAAUGGUAUCUGAAUUAUGUCCUCAACAAAUUGGUACCCAAACUUUAACAGUAUUACCAUCGGAAGUAGCAUGGAUUAAAUCUUUCAAAAUUCAAGAAAAUGAUAUUAUAUUGGUUUGUUCAGAUGGGUUAUCCGAUAAUCUUUAUGAAUCAGAAAUCGUGAAUUAUAUCGAUGAGUUUUUAAAUGUCAAACAAGAUAAUUUAAAAAUAGUGGCCAAUAAACUCUUAAUAAAGACCAAAGAAGUAGCAUUUGAUGAUUUUGCUUAUACUCCAUAUAAUGAAAAGGUAAAUUCGUUACCUAAGAAGUUUGGUAAUAAUUCAAGUACAGGAGGUAAGUUGGAUGAUAUUUCUAUUUGCAUUGGUAAGGUCACUUUAAAUAAGCUAUAA